GACUGCUACGCUGAGUAUGUCUUUUACCAAGGAUGUUUGUUCCUCCGGGGAAGUAGCGUCUGGCCUUGUUGGUGCGUACAAUUGACGGGUUGUCCCCCGAUGAUGGAUCCGCGAAUUCCUGGGCGGAUCUCGAAAUCAGGGUUCUGCUGGCUGCUCAGUUGCUGAUACUGCUCACCUGCAGAUGGGAUGUUUAAUUCGGCCCCAGAUACACCGUCCCCUGUCUACCCGGAUAGGCUCAUCCGCCCUCUGCCCAAGCGUACCCUCCGCUCUCGCCUGUCCUCUGAAGCGGCCGACUCGAUCCUCUUCCCACCGGCCCCUCCUGCCACCCAGCUGUUCUACGGAACCUCUGUGGACAGCGCAGACAUAGUAAAUGACACCAAAGUGUAUGUGCAGCAGAGCGACGGUCGCGACCAAAGCCCUGAGCGUGACCAUUUGCCGUAUGAGAAUGGGGUGGAGUUGGAGAGCGGUGAUGAGGAUGGGCCCGUAGUUGUGCGUCGAAGUGCUGGUUUCCGCGGGUCGUCAUUGUCUCCCUCUGCCGCCUCCGGUGCCCCUCAGACGCUGCCCAGCAACAGUGAAGGGCCUCUAGUGAAGUCCUCCUCGGCGGGUCCCGAUGGGUACGAUGCGUUUGAGAACACCAACAACAAGAAGAAGCGCAAAAUUCCUACACCAGGCAAUCUCAGCAGUCACCACUCCACCCUCUCUCCAGAGUUCUCCAGCAUGGGCCUCGCGACGUCUUUUCAGUCCCCUUCCACUGCUGGCGAAGGCAGCCAUGUGAGUACCUUCUAUGGCACGGGCAGCCCCGCGUCUCCGAUCUCCAGCGGCAUGUCCGGUGCGGGACGAGGUCGCCUUGGCCGCCAGCCGCAGCGUGGUAGCACAGGGAGGAACUCCUUAUCGCUUCAUUCUCCAAUCAGUUGGCCUCGGACACCUACACGGCGCGAUGGCCUGUUGUCGUCCCCGGGACCAGCAGGUGACUCCGCCCCGAAGCCAGACCAGGGCAUAAUCUCCGCCGCUAUCGCCAAUGCCGCCGCUUCAGCAUUCUCCUCACCUCCUCCUGGACCCGGUCAUGUCAGCAUGCUCGAACGACAAACGCCUACGCCGACCAAGACUCAGUUCACCUUCACAUGUGAGUCGGACUCGUCGAAGGGAAUGGCUCUGCAGGCACAGAACCCGUACCCUGCACAGCAUCGUUCACCCAGUGCUCUCACUGCAGCUGUCCAGAGCCAGCGGGGAUAUUCACAAGGCACCCAGACGAUCCCAAAUGCCGCUUCGCAAGCCAACUCUUCAGGGACGUCUCAACAGUCACAGCACUCGCAACCGCCGCAACUACAGAAUGCGGGGACUGAGCCUGCAACCACAGGGAGGAAGAAGAAGCGGUCUCCGGGUAGCCUCUACGCUCUGGCCGCGCGUCAACGCAAGAUCCAGCAGCAGUAUGCCAACCUUCACCAUCCGCCCAGCAUCGAGGACAUCUGGAUCUGCGAGUUCUGCGAGUACGAGAGCAUCUUUGGGCACCCGCCUGAGGCUCUCAUUCGCCAGUACGAGAUCAAGGAUCGCAAGGAACGGAAACGAUUGGCGGAGAAGAAGCGGUUGCUCGAAAAGGCCAAGAUGAAGGGCCGUAAGGGCAAGAAAGCGACUAAGAACGCCAGCAAGCACGCAGCGGCUCAGCACGCAGCCUAUGACCAAGGUUACGACCGAGCGUCCGUGGAUCAUUCUUCAACCGGAGGACCAGGGGUGCAUGAUGACGAGUAUUUAGGCAACGAGUACGAGGACGAGGGGAUCCCAACCCCACCUCCAGCGCCUCCAGGUACCGUCAAAAAUGCACUACCACCAGGACAUCCGCCCAAGCCAGCCGCAGCAGCAGGGUCGGGCGCUAAGAGUGCAGCGGACGGCGGGACAAGGCCGCCCUGACAAUGGAGCAACGGCUAUCGAGCUAGCGAGCGGUGAUAGGCCGUUGCACACUCUUCCUUUCGGUUUUCUCUUUGACUGUUUUCGAUUCAAUGCAUGCCUACUUUCUUCCACAACUAUUAAUUGUUUCUUUUAUUUCUUUUCCAUUGCAUGAUUGUGUUAGC